AUGGCAGACCAAACUGCACACUCUGUCGUCGAUCCAAAUGCUGCUCCCGUUACACCCAACGCCUCUGGUUCAAACGCGGCUGCGUCCUCAGCUACUCACCUUAGUGGACAACACUCUCAGCAGCUUCAGGCACAAAAUCAACAGUUUUCCAGUCAGUUUUGGAAUCAACAGCUAAUCACAGCACAAAACUUUGAAAGCGAUUUCAAGAAUCAUCCGUUACCACUUGCAAGGAUCAAAAAGGUUAUGAAAAGUGAUCAGGAUGUUAAGAUGAUCAGUGCUGAGGCCCCGAUCCUUUUUUCAAAAGCUUGCGAGAUCUUUAUAUCAGAGAUUACAAUGCGAGCAUGGAUCCAUGCCGAGGAGAAUAAACGACGCACACUUCAACGCAGUGAUGUUGCAUCAGCCGUUGGUAGAUCAGAUCAAUUUGAUUUUCUUAUUGAUAUUGUUCCGCGUGAAGAGGUUUCAAAAGUCGCACGAAGACCAAAGGAGGAAGCUCAACAACCCGAACAGAUGUACGAUCAGAAUGUACUUGCAUAUUAUCAAGGUCCUGCAGGAGUGCAAUAUCCAGCCGUUUCGGAUCCUUCCUCUUAUUACCCGUCGCGUGAUCAAGAACAACAACUAUCUCAACAUCUUCGACAACCACCACCACCAUCCUCACCACUACAACACCAAGAAUUAUUGUACCAAAAUCAUCAAUCGAAAGAGAUUAACACAACAGCAAUAUCACAAGAAAAUACACAAGCACAUUUCUUACACUUGUCAGAAUCUAUUGGAAAUUAUACCAUCGCCACGAAAUCUUCAUCUUCUCUUGUAUGUUCUUCACCCACGACUACACCCCAACUUUCUCGGCAAAUAAUUACAGAGUCCUCUUCAAAUUCGAUAGAAGAUUUACCGUCGAGCUCAAUGUUAAAAUGA